AGAGAGAGAGAAACUCAAGAACCUCUCUCUUCUGAGAAAGAAAGAGAGGGGAGAGGUUCAUCCCUCAGAAAACAACAGAAAUAAAUAAAUAAAUCACAAGCUAAAUGCCCACAUAACCAAAUCCAGAAAGAGAGAAAGAGAGAUAAUUUCAAGAAGAAGAAGAUCAAUGUCGCACAUCAAAGGUGCUGCUGUGAGCGGAGACUCCUCAUCAGGCAGCGUUGCCAAUAUUGCCAUGCUGAAGAAAGGCCCAUGGACUGCGGCGGAGGAUGCCAUCUUAAUGGAGUACGUGAAGAAGCACGGAGAAGGGAAUUGGAAUGCUGUCCAAAAGAAUUCAGGCCUCUCUCGCUGCGGCAAGAGCUGCAGGCUUCGUUGGGCUAACCACCUUCGCCCCAACCUCAAGAAAGGCUCCUUCUCUCCCGACGAAGAACGUCUCAUUCUACAACUUCAUUCCAAAUUGGGCAACAAAUGGGCCCGAAUGGCUGCUCAGUUACCUGGAAGAACCGAUAAUGAAAUCAAGAACUAUUGGAACACUCGAAUCAAACGACGUCAACGGUCAGGCCUGUCUCUUUACCCACCUGAAAUACAGCGGCAAGCCCCAUUCAAUCAUCAGCACCACCAAUCUUCCUCUUCUUCUUCUUCUUCUUCUUUGGCUCUUUCUCUCUCUUCAUCUCCACCUUUGCCAAUUACAUCGCUUUCACUUCAGAAAUCACAUUUUGUGUGGCCUCUUCCUUCGUUCGACCCGAUGAACUUUGCUGCAUCAAUGCAACCUCUGCUUUCCCACCACCAACAUUUUCUCCCAUCUGCUCCAGUUAACCGAUUCAAGCAUUUCUCUGACAGUGAUGUUGGGUCUGCGGGCAUGUUCUCUCGUCCUUUUUCUUCUCCGCUCACAUCACCACUGUCUUUGUUCCAUCAGAGUCUUCACACCCAACAACAGCAGCAGCAGCAGCAGCAGCAGCAGAGCCUUCAAUUCAAUUCAGGGGAUUUUGAUCUCAAUCCUCCAAUUCUGCAACCGACACCAUUUGAACCUGAUGGGCUGCUGCCUGCUGCCUCAAUCUCCAUGAAAUUGGAGCUCCCUUCAAGCCAAGUCCCCGUUUGGGCUUCUGCCAAGUCGGGCCAAGAUGACUACAAGUAUCCCAUGAUCUGCUCUGCCUCUUUGGACAGGAGCAAUAGUGGGAUGUUGGAUGCUUUCUUGCAGGAGGCCCAAGCAAUGGUGGACAGUGAUGAUUUUCAGAAAGCAGCAGUGUCAUCACAACCCAGCAGCGGCAAGUGCGGUCUAGAUGAGUGUGUUGAGGACAUCAUUCCUACGGGGCCGGUGCUCCGUGAGGGUGGCACGACAUGGUUUGGAUCAGCUUGUGACCGUUUGAUCGGGAUUAGGACGGAGGAGACAAUGGACAAGAUCAAUUCCUUAGAUGAGGACUUACGCAACCAUUUGGAUAUAAUUCCAGCAUCAAAUAUGCCAACAGUUUCAGAAUGGUAUAGCGAUAGUGGAGAGAUGUCGAAUGGGCACUCUGGUGUGACCGAUGAUGAUAUCGGGCUCGAAAUGCAUCAGUUGGCUUCAUCUCUCUCUGUGGCUGCUGAUCAUGAUUGGACGCUCGGAUCAUGUCAGUGGGACAACAUGCCUGGGAUUUGCUGAAUUGUCUGGUAAUCAGCCCAUCAUUUGAUUCUGUCCACAGAUUCUAAGCAAUGUUUUGUGAUGUUUGGUUGGGAUGCAAUGUCUCAAAUCCUCUAGUAUGUGGGGUGUUUGGGUAAGUAGGUUGUUUGUGUUUGAUGCUUACUUCAGUGUUUUGUUAUUAAAGAUUAUCAGAAUUAGAGGAUUAGAAUAAAGUAUUAUUUCUUUGUUUUAGCUUCUGAUGGUUUGAUUUCUAUUUUUAUAUGAUGUAAUUGAUUUCAAAUGGAUUUGUGGGAAACACAUACAAUGCAACUUGGUGGAUGAGAAAUUAUUGGGCGGUGAUGGGAAGUGGACCCCACCUGUACUAAAAUGUUCCCUGAUGGGAUCAAGCAGGGCCACUUAGUGGACCGUGAUUAGAUUCCCAGAGAAACUACUACAGGUUUUCUGUUUCUCUGCCGACAAAUCAAACAGAAAAUUCAAAACAAAAGGCCUGUCAACAAGAUCUAUACUGCACAAUAUGUGACCCCAAUUGACUGGUGGGUCACACAUGCAUCAGAUCUUUCUGUGGUGGGAUCAUAGCUACCUGAUGAACAUCGAAUAGGGAUUGACUAUGAUUAAAAAAUAAAAUAAAAUAAAGUAAAAAAAAAAAAAAAAAAAAGGUACUAUAGUGUAAAGGUAAUAGCUAUGAAUAGAAAAGAUGAGAAGAAUGGGACCUUUUAUGGGACUGGUAAGAAAAUUCAACUCCAGUUCUCUGC